UUGUGGUAUAGUUUUCAGGUUAGCAGAGAACUUUUACCUUUAGUUCAGUAGAGAUUGACAAUUCCGAGUCUGAAAUAAUUCUGGUGAAGGUUUUUGUCUGUAAGUUUUACAUCAUAUGACAUCACAAGGUGGAACAGAGUGUUUUUAACUCAGGCUAUAAAUAUGCAGGGUUUGUGUGUUAAAGCAGCAAACAACACACAAUUCUGGGUAUGUUUUCGAUGAGGAAACAACAUUAUAACAGAUCAGAAAAUAGCGCCAUUUAAUUACACAAAUUUCAAAAUCAUUCUUUAGUCAUGUUUUUUGUAGUGCAGCCUUUAGACUAGCCUUGGUGGUACUUGGGAGAACAAAAUACAAUGUUAUUUAGUACUUACAGCCCUAGAAAUCAAAAUUAAAAGUUAAAAAGUAGAAAGCAAAAUAGACCAGUGAUAACUGGUUUGAACAGGGUCCUCCCUGCUCCCCCCUCCACAGCUCUGGACCAAGGGGGUGUGUCACAUGACUGCUGACGUAUUUACCCCCUGUAUAAACCUCAGUGUGGUGUGAGAAAGAGGAGGCAGAUUCUGAGACAGUCCUGAGAAAAACCAGGCCCCACAAACCACAUGAGACCAGAGUUUUACUGACCGGUCCAUCGCCUUAACCCAAUGGAGAACUCUACAUCCACCCAACUUCACCUCCUCCAGCGCACCUCCACCCCGAACCACAGCGCUACUUCUGACGGAAACGCGUUCCUCUACAUCCUCAUCGUCCUCUCUUUCUAUGGCUUCUUCCUGUCCGCCAUCAUGUUUGGAUACUUCCGCUCAAAACGCAAAGAGAAGAGACGAACCAACAUUUUCACCAAACUAGUUCACGAUAAAGAAAAACGUGAAUGGGGAGCUCUGCCCAAAAAGCAUAGCCUAACUUUCCCCUCCUCCGUAUCGGGACUGAACGGUCUGACUUUGCCAUUUUGUAGUAACCAUUCGGGGCAUCUGGAGCGUUUGGGGGUGCACGGGAUGUUCCCUUCUCCGCUGGCAUGUGCACUGUGUACAGAGCAAAGCAGUGUUAGCUCACUCUGCUCAUCGGCGGAUACGAGAGUGGCUAUAGAGGAGGAGCAGGACUGCUUUACAACAGAACCAGAAGGUGCCAAAGGAGGUGCGGGGAGUGCUGCAGACGAUUCUGGAUGAGACAAAUGUGUGAUAAAGUCCGGAAAAGAAGAGUUAUGAGGAAUAGUCAGUGUGUCUUUGGCCUUGAGGCUUGGACCACAGCACAUACGCCGGAGUUUGAGUUGGCUUCAGCAGUGAGAUCAGAUGUCAACUUGCAACUUCAGAUUUGCUGAACUUUUCUAUUUCCAGCCCUUUUCACAUUAAAGAUGCACUAUGUAACUUUUCUGGUGGUCUGCUUGUUUCGAUUCAGAUGCUAUUCUUUUCUUAGAAUGUUCCACAAUAUGACAAUAAAAACAUCUGUCAUUUAUUCAGUCACUGCAAGAUAGAUGUUUAAUUGCAAUAAAAAGAAGGAAAACAAAUGUAACGGUGUAAGUAAAGGUGCUUGUCUCCAUGGUGAUAGAGAUGUGUGGAACAUUCCAGGCAGAGUUCUCCAACAGAAAAGUUACAUAGUGCAGCUUUAACAUCUGUCAGUGGACCAAAAAACAUGUACUUUUUUGCUGUCAUGAUGAUUGCCCCUCAAAUAUACCUGUACAAAUGGAGAAAAGGUCAAAGUGCACCAGUCCCUCCGACCACCACCAACGCUCACCACAUUUAGGCAAUGUCGUGAAGUGUCUUGCCUAAGGACAGAGCUUGGUUGGAGCUGGAAUCGAAUCUCUGUGGGUUGAUUCUCUGGACACUUUUGCCCUGAUAAUAGCUAUGAUGCUAAAAAGUCAUUUGGAUAUUUUUCACUUCCCACUUUCGCCAGCAGAGGCCGACAGACUCUUUAAUCCAAUCUCUGCUUCGACCCUUCUGUGUUAAUGGAGACUCAAGAUAGAUGUUGUAAUGAAAAAAUUAAAAAGAAAAUGCAGACUGAGAGACAAGA